CGUACUCUCUGCCUUGGAAUCUAUAUAGAUCUCAUACAUAUACACAGUGGUUCUUGUUGGUGUCGUUGAGAUCCCCAAAGUCCUGAGAACAGCCACCAAGCUUAUUCCGGCUUUAGCCAGAAAAGAAAAAGAAAACCGGCCAGUUGAAUUGUUGAUGGCUGACGAUUCGGGCGGAAUUAUUACGGCGACCACCACUACUACUACGACUUCAAUCUUUCGGACUCCUUCUGCUUUCUCUCCCUCUCCUCACCUGGACUAUCUUGGGGAUCCUGUUUCUCUUCGUCUCUCUUUCUCUUCCUUGGUGAGAAUCCCAUUCCCCUCUUUUCUACCCUCCUCUUUUCUCGGAAUCCCUCCAGGCCGUCCCCCCUUCACCCUCCACGGUCGGCCUGCCGUUCAUUACACCCUCCUCGGUCUUGGGAUUCUCCUAGGGGCAAUUUUCUGCUGUCUUGGAUUCAGCAGAAAAUUAUAAAUACUAAUAAUAAAAAAAAAACAUACUUCUGCAGCGUCCCCAGCCACCUUAAUAUCUUCCAAUCACCCGCAGGAGUCCAGGGUUCGCCAGCGCAUUCCUGUCUCCCUUCCCC